AUUAAAGAUACACUAUCAUCAAGGAUAAGAAUUUAUAUUUAUAAAAGAGAUAAAGAUGCACCAAUUACAAUUCAAGAAGCUAAAGAUAAGGGUUAUUCAUUUGUAAUAAGCUCAUAUGAAAAAACAAAUUAUGAAGCGACUAAUUAUAUUAGUUUACCACCACAAAUUUUGGGAAUAAAGAUUUUUCACGAUCAAAAACUU